AUGCCCAGACCUCGGAAGCGUAGGCGAUGCAUGACUGAGGAAAAUCCUGAGGCCCAAAGUGAGACAGAGGGCCUAACAAGUGCUCCAGUUUCAAUAGGGGAAGAAGAUUCCUCAUCCUCUUCUACUUGUUCCUCCUCUUUCCCGUCUUCCUUUUCUUCUUCCUCUUCUUCCUCUGCUGUAACAUCAGGCACCUCAGGGGAGGGCCUUGCUGCUUCCAGAGAACCAGUUCCUUCUCAUAGCACCCCAGGAGCUUGCUCCUCCAGCACUGUCAUGACUUCCUCUCCAUGUAAUCAGCUCAGUGCAGUGUCUGAAAGUGAGGAGAGUUCAGGCUCCUCAGAGGCCCUGCCAUGUGAUAAUUCAUUGCCUAAAGGUGAGCUAGAUGUAAAAGUAGAUGAGCUGGUAAAAUAUCUGCUCUUUAAGUAUCUAAUGAAGGAGCCGGUCACCAAGGCAGAAAUGCUGAGUAAUAUCAUUAAAGACUAUCAGGACCACUUCCCUGUGAUAUUUAGAGAAGCCUCAGAGUGCAUGCAGUUAGUCUUUGGCAUUGACAUGAAGGAAGUAGAGCCUGAUGGCCACACCUAUAGUCUUGUCAUAGCCCUAGAGCUCACCUAUGACGGGAUGAUGACUAAUGCCCAGGGCAUACCAAAGACAGGCCUCCUGAUAAUGAUACUGGGUAUAAUAUUCAUGGAAGGCAACUGUAUCAGUGAGGCUAUGAUAUGGGAUGUGUUGAAUAAUAUAGGUUUGUAUGCUGGAGAUGAACACUUUAUGUAUGGAGAACCCAGGAAACUCAUCACUGAUGAUUUUGUUCAGGAAGGGUACCUGGAAUACAGGCAGGUGCCUGACAGCGAUCCUCCUUCUUAUGAGUUCCUUUGGGGCCCAAGAGCCCAUGCUGAAACCACCAAGAUGAAAAUAUUGAGGUUUUUGACCAACAUCAAUGGAAGUGAUCCCACACAAUACCCAGUGUUGUAUGAAGAGGCUUUGAGAGAAGAAGAAGAGAGGACCUAG